UUUCCUAGACAUCCCAUUGGUUGUGUGCAGUGCUUGAAGUGGGCCGGUAUGCACUGGUACGCAGUACCGGCACUACCAUAUUUUAGUCUUUAGAGUACAUGCACUUUUUUGUGCGUACCGUCAGCAACACAUAACAGUCCGGGAUCAGUGAGUGAGAAGAAAAACAGGGAACCACAAUACAGCUGCACAGAAAGAAAAUGGACAGAAAAAACCCCCGAAAAACAAAACCAACUAAAAAAGACUUGAACAAGAAAAGAAACAAACUAGUGAGCGGCGAAGACACAAAACACACUGGCAAAAAGCAGAGAAAGAAACAGCUUAAAUAUAGGAGAGAAAUCAAGCAGUGAAAGAAAACAGGUGCGCUCUAACAAGCGAUCAUGCUGAUUAUGAAAUGCUAUCAGCUGUACACGAACGCACAUGGAAAACAAAAACAAAGAAAAAAAGAAAACAAAUGGAGAUCAAACCUUAAGUGUUUUUCUUUUAUGUUACAGUAGGCUAUAUAAAGCUAGACUGGCAUGGUAAUGAGCCAUUGCAUGGUUUGAUUUGGUUCUAUAGGCCUAAAAAAAACACCCACACACAAUAUCAUCUUUAAAUUUUAUAUUUUAUCAUUUUAUUGUCAGAUUCAUCCCAAAUGAUGAAAUCACCACUGAGAUCAUAGAAACACCUGCACUGAUGACAUAUGAGUGUAUGUAAACAAAAUAAGUCCCAGCCCAUCUAAAGCUCUAUAAAAGCAGAACAAAGGGAGGAUAGCUAGGAGGUUUUAACCAUUUGCCUUGAGGUAUAUCACAACUUACAUCUUCUGACUUUAUGAUGCUUUUUCAUGGCUUAUUAUUGCUAUCAAGAUGAACUUAACAGAAAACAACAGUUUGAGCAGCACAUCUAAUUUGAUUAAUGAGAAGAUUUUGCUGGUGCAGGUACUGGUGGGGAUUUUUCUCUGUGUGAACGGACUGAUGAUUUUCACCUUUCUGAAGAAAGAGACCUUCAGGGAAACACGCUACAUUCUGUUUGCUCAGACUCUUUUUGUUGACUCUGCUCUUAUGCUGUUGACUGAUUUAGCCCUCGUGGGGUUGUCUAAACAGUACCCCGUGCACAUAAUUCCUUGCUAUUUCUUGUGCACACUUAUGUCUUUGCUUGCCAUUUGUUCACCCAUAACUCUUGUAGCCAUGUGUUUGGAGCGCUAUGUAGCCAUAUGUAUGCCUUUAAGACAUGCAAGCAUCUCCACCCCCAAAAACACCUUCAUUGGGCUUCUUGUCAUAUGGAGUUUCAGUUUUGUCAUUCCAUUGUUUAUUUUCAUAGUCUGUUUUGUUUACAUUCCUCCUGGUUUCUUGCACCUUUAUGUUGUGUGUUCCAUGGAGGUCAUGUUACAGAAAAAAUGGCUGGCAGACAUGAGAGCGAUGAGUUUACAGCUCUUAUUCAUCAUAAUGUGGUGUAUUAUUGUUUCCACCUACAUCAAGAUUAUGUUGGCAGCCAGAUCUGCCUCCUCUGCGAGGAAGAACUCCACAAAUAAGAGUCUCAAAACUAUAAUUCUCCAUGGUGUUCAGCUGCUUCUGUGUAUGAUGCAGCUUUUAAUGCCUUAUAUAGAAAUGCCUUUAUGGAAAGUAAAUGUCAUUAUAUUUAUGAAUGUAAGGUACUCAAACUUCAUAUUGUUUUUGAUCUUGCCUCGUUGUCUCAGUCCCUUAGUUUAUGGAUUACGAGACAAAAAGUUUUAUAACGCUCUUAAAUAUUAUGCCUUUUGUGGCAUAUUGGUUUGUAAUAAGCACAAAAUAAGUGAUGAUAAAACCUUUAGAGGUGUAGUAAGCAUUUCCAUACACAAUUAAACCUCACUCAGUGGGUAGUGUAUUGUUUUAUUCAAAUGAGCAGCACCAUUGUUAAGCAUUAAUUUUUAACAUUUAUAAUAACUUAUUUAUAAAUAUAUUUUGGCUAACAGUGGGUAUGCUACUGUAUGUAUCUAUCUGUCUAUUAAA